CAACGAUUGUGACAAGAUAUUAUAACCUAGCUUAUUCAUAACAUUAUUAGUAUUUGGAUUGGAGUAUUCGUUGUAAAAUUAGAAGAUGACUGUGCCACAAGAAUUUCAGGCUGUGAUAUUAGCAGCUGGUAAGGGCUCCCGUAUGCCUGAACUAACAGCUGAAAAACCAAAAUGCAUCCUGCCAAUUGGUGGUAAACCAUUGGUCUGGUAUCCGCUGUUCAAAUUGCAGCAGUUGGGUUUCACUGAAACUAUAAUGAUUGUGUGCGAAUCGCAAAAGCAGGACAUCCAAGCAGCGCUGGAUAAAACGAAUUUAACGAUUAAAAUUGAUUACGUGUCGAUUACGAAUAGCGACGAAAUGGGAACGGCCGAUUCUAUCAGACUAUUGAAGGAUAGGAUCAAAUCUGAUUUGGUGAUUGCGUCUUGCGAUCUGAUCACGAAUGCUGACCUGAGCAAGGUGUUAUCCUUGUACAGGAAGAACAACGCGUCGAUCUGCAGUUUGAUGUUCAAUCCUGGCAAGUGUGAGACUGUUGUUGUGCCUGGACCAAAAUCCAAGUAUAAACCGGAAAGGGAUUUGAUUGGGGUGGAUUCUCAAACUAGCAGAUUGGUGUUUUUGGCGUCGGCCAGCGAUUUUGAGCAGGACGUCUCUCUGCCGAGGCUUCUCUUCAAGAAGCACACGGACAUGACGAUGUACAGUAACUUGAUCGACUCGCAUUUCUACGUGAUGAGGAAUUGGGUUUACAAGUAUUUGUUGCAAGAGAACACAAAGUCCACACUGAAAGGGGAGUUCUUGCCGCACAUUAUUAAGAAGCAGCUCCUUAAACCUGUGACUCACGCGGAUACGAACAUGUCUAUAGUUAACACCAAAGACGUCAAUGAUAUCUUCCAUUUGAUUAACGAUAAUCCGCUGAACGCGAGCAUAAGGAAAGCCAACAGUUUCAAUGAUCACCAUGGAGACAGCAAGGAAAUGUACCAUGGUGAUCUGAUCAGGUGUUACGCGCACAUCGCCGACUCUGAUACAUUCGGAGUUAGGGUCAACACAUUGCAAAGCUUUUGGGGAACAAAUGCAAAGAUCAUGGAUAAUUGGCAGAAGAUUACCGGUAUUGAAAAACUUACUAUGGUGGAUGAAAAAGCCGAAGUUAAGAGCAAUCAAAUCGAUAAGACGUUCGUUUGGGAUUCGAGCGUUCUGAGCGAGAAGACUUCUUUCAAGAACAGCAUUAUCGGAAGCAACACGAAGGUGAACAGUUUCAGUCGAGUUUUCAAUUCGAUCGUGAUGAACAACGUGGUUAUUAGCGAGAAAGUUGCACUGGAGAAUUGCAUAGUUUGCAAUGGGGCUGUAAUCGAAACCCAAUGCACUCUGAAGGGUUGCAUAAUUGGUAGCAAUCAUACAGUUAAUCAGGGCGAGGAAAGGACUAAUGAGGUCUUAACCGACAGUGAUCGGUUUAUGGAACUGUAACGUUGUCCUCGUGAUCUCUGUCCUUCUGUUGUCUGUCCGAUA